UUUCCGCGGACACUCAUUUCUGUCAUAUGACUCUCUCGAUAGCAAUCCAUGGAGGUACCCUACUGCAGCCCUGCGCCAUGGCCACGCAGCGUAGCCCACCCUGCUGAGCUCGCUCCCCACGAGGCGCCGCGUGAUGGCCCCAACGCUGCUCCAGAAGCUGUUCAGUAAAAGGUCCGCAGCGGCCCCGUCUUCCAGGAGUUCAGGGGGACCCGAGAUAAGCUGGGCAACUUCUGAACUUGAACCAAAUCACAUUCGGCUGAUCGUGUAUCAGGACUGCGAGCGUAGAGGAAGGCAGGUGCUGUUCGAUUCCAAAGCUGUACGGAAGGUGAUUGCAAGUAGCCAGAGAAAUGCAGAAGAUUUGCAGACAAAAAUAUAUGCAAAAUGCUGUCAGACCAACAGGAGCGGAGCCUGCACCAUCACCAUGCAGGGCGCCUCCAUGCCCCGGACGGCUAGUGAAGCUGAACAGGUGCCAAGAUAUCAGUAUACUCGGCCUGCUUCUGAUGUCAACAUGCUGGGUGAAAUGAUGUUCGGGUCAGUGGCAAUGAGGUACAGAGGCUCCACAUUAAAGAUCCAUUAUAUUCGCUCUCCUCCUCAGCUGAUGAUAAGUAAAGUGUUCUCUGCUAGAAUUGGCAGCACAUGCGGAAGUACAACCACGUUGCAGGACAGCUUUGAAUACAUCAACCAAGAAUACAAUAUUGGGAAGUCGUGUCCCAGUCAGAAUGGUUUGGGACCCUAUCGCAAUGGAAGCAGCAUAGGUCUCUUGCAGCUUUGCAGUAACAAACUUCUGCCCAGAGUCUCUGAUGUUCAUCCUCUCUGGCUCAUUCGGAGUGCCUCUUUCUUUGCAGCCCACAGCACUCCUGUUGACAUGCCAAGCCGUGGACAGAAUGAGGACAGAGACAGCGGGAUUGCUCGGUCAGCCUCACUCAGCAGCCUUCUCGUCACACCAUUCCCAUCGCCUAGCAAUUCCUUCUCCAGCAGCUGUGCCAGCAGUUACAAGCGCCGCUGGCUACGCAGUCAGACCACUAGCCUGGAGAACGGCGUGGUUCCGAGAUGGUGUACCGAAGAAACUUUCAGCCUAACAGAUGAAAGCUGUGGCUCCAACCCUGCGAUGAUUCGGAGGAAGAAGAUUGCCAUCAGCAUUAUCAUCACCCUUCCCGAGAAAGAAGAAGAGAGCAGGGGCUUCCAGGAUUUCUUUUUCUCACACUUCCCUCUGUUUGAAUCACACAUGAACAAACUGAAGGCUUCAAUAGAGAAGGCUAUGAUUCUGUGCAGGAAGAUAGCUGAAUCCAGUCAGAGAGUUCAAGUUUACUUAUGUCGGGUUAUGGAUGCUCUUGGUGAAUUCAGGACAACUGUUUGGAAUCUGUAUAUGGCACCCAGGAUCUCUGAGCCAGUGUGGCUAACCAUGAUGUCUCAUACCUCAGAAAAGAAACCACUCUGCCAGUGUUUUAUGAAAGAGCUUACUUUGUUGAUAGAACAGAGCUCCAAAAAUCAGUUUCUGUCAGCUUUACUAACAGCAGUUCUAACCAACCAUCUGGCCUGGGUUCCAACUGUAAUGCCAAAUGAUCAUCCUCCCAUUAAGGCAUUCUCCGAAAAGCACACCUCACUCUCUGUGGAUAUGCUGUCCAAAUCUCACCCUUAUAACCCACUCUGGGCACAGCUCGGCGACCUUUAUGGAGCUAUUGGCUCUCCUGUGCGUCUAACACGGACAGUGGUUUUAGGAAAGCGUCGAGAGCUGGUCCAGAGAGUCUUGUACAUCCUUACUUACUUCAUCCGCUGCUCUGAACUGCAAGAAGUCCAUCUGAACACAUCUGGGAAAGCAGAGCAGGAUGAACAUGUUUCCCCUGGCACUAAUUUUUUUACCACAUUGGAGAAGGGUGAGGUAGAAGAAUCAGAGUAUGUCGUAGUCACUGUCCAGAAUGAGUCUCUCCAAGAAACCUCUGACAAACUGAGAGAAAACUCCAGAAAGCUGUCUGGUAACUCUGAUGUGCAGUGUGUUGAAAAUUCCACAUAUUUUAACAAACCCCGAAAAAAAGAGCUACCUGUUGACUGUGACACAGACAACUCCGAUCUUUUGGACCCUCAGGAAGAGCAUCCUGUUCUUAUCAGGGAUGACAGCUUACAAGUCUGCCGACAGGUCACAGGUAUCCCACAAGAGGUGAAAAGGGAAACUGUAAUCAAUGUAACUGGAGCAGCAAUGGCGGGGUUUCAUGCAUUCAAACAUUUGGAUUGCUUGAACACUCAAACCAUGGGUAGUCCUAAAACCUGUAGAACCCUCUCACAAGCUCUGCCUUGUCCAGGAGCGUCUGUUCGUCAGAACCCCCAUUUCCAGAAAGUGACAUUUAAAAUUGGAAGCUCUCUGUCUCCUGACUCUGAUGUCGAGAGCAGAAAGAAGGAAAUGGAUAUACGCUACCAUGAAUUUAAGGAGAAACACUACAAAGAUAACCGUAAAAAUAUCAAAACUGAUGAAGGGGGUCACCAUCCAGUUUCUACUUUGGGGCAGCAGUCAACUAAUGUCCCCUGUGGGGACUUGAAUGACAAUGAUGGAGAAAUCGCUUUUAAAACUGAAAGAGACUUACUCAGGAACGAGAGUUCAGACAGUGCCCUGGGAGAGAGCAGUGAUGAAGAAGAACCCCAAAAUUGCUCAUCGAAGCAAAAACUUGGCAAAAAGUGGAAAGAGAACCAUGAGGAGUUUGAACUGCCUCUUCCCAGAUGAGGCUCCGACUAGUGGACAAAGGUAUCAAAGGGAGAGGAGAGAGAUAUUCUUGACCGAGAUUUUGAAAAAACGAAACUGAAAAAUGGACUCAUUUUAAUGUGCUUACAAAAGACAGAUAUUUAGAACUUAUACAAGUGAUGGAGGAGACUGAAAAAGCAGAAAAGAUAACACUCCUACAACAAAGAAGGUUAAAUGACUUAAUGUACUGGAAAUUGGAGGCAUAACUAGCCCAAAUAGGCCAAACUAGUUUAGACUUGGACAAAUCAGUCUGUCCUGGGAGUUCUACACUGAUUACAGGAAAAUCUAGUUUAGACUAGGCCAAACCAAUUCAUCCUAUUGUGCUUCGGACAAACUGGUCUAAAGCAGUUUGUUCUUCAAAUCGGGUUUGGCUGGUAACAUAUUGAAAGAAAAACUGAUCAAUAGCAAAUAUAAAUAAGGAGAAAUGGAUCAAGAAGUAGAGGAGAUGUCUUGGUUGUAUAAAAAAAAAAAAACGCUGAAAUGUCUAGGCCCGCUUUACGUAAGUAACGUGUCAUUUUUGUCACUAAACAAAAUCAAGUUUGACACCCCAGUGGUAAAAAUCAAAUAGUUUCAGGUUUAUGAAGCAGGAUCCCAUUUACUAAAGAACUAGUAUUACAUUGUUGUCUAUCUAUCUAUCUAUCUAUCUAUCUAUCUAUCUAUCUAUCUAUCUAUCUAUCUAUCUAUCUAUCUAUCUAUCUAUCUAUCUAUCUAUCUAUCUAUCUAUCUCAUAUAGUACCUUUCUAUCUAUCUAUCUAUCUAUUAUAUAGUGCCUUUCAUAUCUGUCUAUCUUUCUCAUACAAUGGUGGAUGCUGGCUUUUGGACCUGAUUGGACCUGACACUGAUAACAGCUUGGAUGGUCCUUUUCCUCUUUUUGCCCAGAGAACAAAAACUAUUUGAAAUGUUGACUGGUCAAACCACAAAACACAAUUCCCACUGUGCUACCUUCCAUCUUGGAUGAGACUGAGCCCCGAGAAACCUACAGAGCUUCUGGACACUGUUGACGUAUGGCUUCUGUUUUCCAUAGUAAACCCUUAACUUUCAUGUGUGGGUGCAGUGGCAGGUGGCGUUCGCUGACAAAAAGAUUUACUGAAUUAUUCCCAAACCUGUGUCAUGACAUCCAUUACAGACUCAUGAUGGGUUUUUAAGACAGUGACGUCUGGGAGAUCAGAGGUCACACACAUUCAGAAGUGAAUUCCUUGAAUCCUUAAUAAUAUUGUGUACUGUAGAAGGUGAAAUGCCUAAAAUCCUCCUGAUUUCUCUUUAGGAAAACAUAGUUCUAAAUGUGCUGGAUUUUUGCUGUUGCAUGUAUUGGUAAAUAGCGAGACUUGACCCAUCCUUGAAGGACUCUGCCUUUUCUUGGAGGCAACUUAUUUUUUACUAGAACAUGCUUGUCUCACCUGUUUCACUUCACAUUGUUAUUUGAACUUCUCACAUCAUUAUUAGUCCUAAACUACCUAGCUUUUUUGGAAUAUAUUGCAGACAUCAGAUUCAUAAUAUACAUAUAUCUUCAAAGAACAAUACUGCUGCUGAGGUAAAACAUGAAACUCCUUGUCUUUAUGAUCUUUAUGUUUGAAUACCAGUCAAAGCAAGUUUACAAAUUCCCCCCCUUUAGCAUUUUCCACACCAUCUCAACACUUUUGGAAUUUGGUUUGUCUUUACCUUGUAUGCAAAACUGGUUAAAUGUCUUUGUAAAUGUUAGAUUGCCUUAUAAUCCAUACAAAUUAAUAUGAGUUUUAAUAACUACUAAUAAUGAAAAUGGAGGAGUAAACUGUGUCAGUCUUUUACAAUCCAUAAUUUAAUUAGUUUAAUUUUCAGUGUUUGUUCUGCUUCUCAAGUUCAGAGUCAUAAUUUUAAACCUGUUUUGCUAGUAAUUUGAAGUAUUUCAUAAUGACAAGGGUCUAGGUUUACUUCUCACAAUUCACAAUACUAAUGCAUCUAGUUCUCUGUUGUAAUUUUAAGGAAGUAGUAAGUAUUUUAAGUAAAAAGCACUGUCUAUUUCAGUAAUUGUUUCAACAUGAAAGUACCCACACACGUGUUUUGUGGUUUUACUGACUUCUUGUAGUGUAUUCUAUCUGUAAAUGUCAGGAAACUGCGAUUAUAAAUAAAAAUGUAAGAUUUUAAUCUUACCUGUUCUAAACACGCACGGUGCGUGGUUCAUCCAGAAAUUGCUUUUAUGAAAAGGCUCAAAAUAUGAGGCAGAAUUUUAUAAAAAAAAAAACUACAGAUGGCAACAUUUGUUUUAUUAGGGGAUUCAGUCUACAAAAUUUAAAAAUAUGUAAGAUGUAGUAAUAAAUCUUAAAAUAUUACAGGGUGGUAUGAUGGUCUUGAGGCUGACACUGCCAUUUAAUUUAGUACACAUGGAUUAUCUUGUUGAGUGACUGUGGAAACUAAAUCUAUAUAAUAAAACACUCAACUGGAUAUAGUCCCUCAAAGCAGUUUGAUUGGUCAGUUUGGCUUUGGUUCCUCAGUCAAAUAUGAACAAAGUCAGGAAGUGCUGUGCAAGGAAGGCCAAAACAGGAUCGCAGACAGUAACCUUCGGACAUGAGAGGGUAUUUACAAGAAUACUGAUGUUGUUUUCACAGCUGGUAAUGGGGGCCCAUCUACUAUUGGUGGGUGUCAAAAAGCAGACGGGAAGGGAAGCAACAUGCCUCAAAUUGUUAGGAAUGUGAGUAGCAAGCAUUAUGGGAACACAAGAGCCAAGACAGGCUGAGACGCACAAGAAUAUUGAAGAAAGGCGUAGGACAAAAUCACUGAAAGUAAACAUAAGAGAUAUCAAAUAUUAUAAAAUUUACUCUAUUAGCUGUAUUUGACAGCUUAUGUAGCUAAUAGUUAAUGAAAACUGUAAAAUAAAAAAAAAUAAAAACUUUGUGGGGGUGUGUCCAGCAGGAUGGUGUCAGCUUCAUGUAUCAACCAGAUUAGGUGUUGGAAAAUUCACUGUGGACAGGUGGUUCUGGCAUCACAUUUUAAGACUUCUAGUCCAAGGGGACAUCAGAGUACACAACUGGAAAUAGCAGGGAAUGAGAAAUUAGACAACUCCAUGACGAUUUUCCAGCAUAUUUUCACAUUUCCAAAAUAUCGGGACAACCAAUGGCAGUGCUAACCUACAGACCCAGUGUUGUUGAAUGCUUUUCAGAUCCACGAGCUCAGCUACAUCCACUAGCCUUUUUUCUUUUUUUUCAUUCUGUCAUAGUACAUAAAACGCAAGAUAUUACACUGAGCCCGUCUUCUGUUUGCAAAAUCCCAAACUCCAAUGUUUCUUAUUCCUUGUUAGCAGCAUUGUAUCCUCCAUGCGGGCGCGUACUGGUUUUCCCCUCUCACACACACAGAACCCGCAUUUGUGCAUGUUGCAGACUGUUUGGACUGCAUUUCUGAGAGCGUCAAAUUACACGAAUGCUGUGACUGCCCGACUUGCUCAGAUUCCCUAAAUAAAGUCUUCUACUAAAAAUGUUUAAAAAAAAAAAAAUAAUAAUCAUGGGCCUUUAUGAUACUAAUUAAAAGCCAUAAUAGCAACAAUAUAACAUAAAAAAAUGAAACCAUCACAACACAAAAUAAUUUUAUAUUUAACUUGUAUGAAAGAAUCAUUGACCAUAUAAUCCACCUCGGGUUCUACCAGGAAAACCUGACUUGAAGUUUGAUGGAUGAAUGCUGUUGUUAUCUCAGUUUCUCUCGGUGCUCUGGCCGUUAGCUUCUCCAGGCAUUGCCAGAGCCUCCAGAAAUACAGCAGGUUGAGGGGUGGGGGGCACUUCCAAAGUCCUAGGAUUGAGGGGGUCGGCAAAGUGUUGCUCCAGGGUAGCUGGGGUACAGCUGUUAUGGUGUUUCAAGUGUGAGGGUAUGGUAAUGCUUGUUAUGACAUUUAAAAUAAAUAUUGGUUUGUUUCAUUAACCAAUCAGUGUUCAACUUGUAGCUUGGGUGCCUUUUGCUAGAAAUUUCUGGAAGCAAAGAAUAUUCUCAGUGUUUAAGUGGAUUUAAUUUGGUUUUCUUGAUAUUGAUCAACAGGAAAAGACUUUAAUGUCAAAGUGAAAAACAUUACCCAUUACUUAUCAAGCAUCUCCGAGUAGGGAAACGGUCCUAAUGGGCUCAAAAACCUCAGAAUGAUACAAAUAUGGUCCUGCUCUCAGGAGUGUACCAUUGCAUCCAAGAAGCACUUCCAGGUAAGGUGGAACAGCCAUAAAACAAAGGAGUCCCCUCCUGGAAGCACCCUCCUGAAGGCCAUCAGGGGCAACCAAACAGGGCUGCCCACUGGAAUUAGUUUCCAUGUAGCCCUGUAGGAGUCCAGACUGGAGGCAUACCAGAGGCACACUACCACCCUGGCUUACUGAGAGAAUAGUCGCUCAUGUCUGGCUGUCCAUCCAUAAUGAGAAGAGGGCCAGUCCACCUGAAUCCAUCACAUUGUAUUUACAAGAUUAGUCAACUGUUGUUAAUAAUACUGAUAUUAAUACCUUAUUGUUGUUAUUAUUAAAAUGGCUUAAAUAUUAAGGUAUAAUAUAGUAUUAAUACUAAGGAUUCAUUUUAUAGUAGACUAGAAAGGUUUAUUUCUGAUGUAACACACAUUAUAUCAAAAAACCUAAAAAUUGAUUGAUUGGAUGGAUGGCUGGAUGGAUGGAUGAAUAGACAGAUAAGGCAAUUAUAUAAUAGAUAAGGCACACAUUAUAUCAAAAAACCUAAAAAUUGAUUGAUUGGAUGGAUGGAUGGAUGAAUAGACAGAUAGAUAAGGCAAUUAUAUAAUAGAUAAGGCACACAUUAUAUCAAAAAACCUAAAAAUUGAUUGAUUGGAUGGAUGGAUGGAUGAA